UGUAAUAUUAUUAUUGGCCACUAGGUGCUGCAUAAACACUGAAUCACUCUGAAGGGUUUUUACUUCUCUACAGUAGCAUCACAUGAUCUCAUCACAUGAUCAGGGAGUAUUUGAGGCCACAUGGCUGCAGCUGAUCUGUCAGUUCCUGGUGUGUGUGUGAGAGGAAGAGGAAGCAGACUGUGAUCAUGGCUGAAGAUGUGUCAGUGGAGACUUUAACUGAUGGUUUGACUCUGUUGGUGAAUUUGGGGAAAGUGCUGCUGCAGAAAGCUCACGAGGAUGCUGCAGGCUCUCUGGAGGACUUCGUCCCGUAUAAGAUCACGACUCUAUUCGGACUCAUCACGGCCGGAUCAAACUUCUAUAAAAGCAUCGGAGUGAAGAAGAAGAGUGAAGCUGAGGCCGUUUGGCAGAAAGCUUAUCAUGAUGCAGCGGUGAGAGAGCAGGUGGACGAGCUGCUGCAGCUGGAGACUGAGUGGAACUCCUUCCUGCAGAGCGUGGACUCAGGUCUGCAGAAGUCAGAUGUUCGGCUGUCAGGAGAGAAGACGGCAGAGAGUCUGAGCUGUGAGACGGAGCUGACUGACGGACGCAGCGGAGACGCUGUGACUCUGGGUCGGUACCUCGGUCAGGGACAGAAGCUGCUGCUGGUCCUCAUCAGACAUUUCGGAUGACUGCCGUGACGAGACCACGUGGCCGAGCUGCGAGCCAAUCAGGCUCUGCUUGAGGCUCGGUCAGUGAAGGUCUUGGUGGUUUCCUUCGGCGGCAUGGCGGGGGCUCGGCUGUGGUUGGAGCAGACCGGAUGUACCUUCGACCUGCUGCUGGAUCCUCAGAGAAAGGUCUACAGGAGCUUCGGUCUGGGCUCGUCUUACUCUAAGGUGAUGAGGUUCAACAUCCUGCUGCAGUACUCAGAGUACGGAGCUGCGGACAGAGAUUUCCCCGACAUUCCCUCUCACCUGCUGGAAGACAUCUACCAGAUGGGAGGCAACUUCUUGCUGGAUGAAGGAGGGAAAGUUCUCUUCUCUCAUCCGUGUAAAAACCCUCUGGACCGGCCGGCGGUGUCGGACAUCCUGCAGGCGUAGAGGCCGAGCCCGGGUCAGAGGUCAGAGGUCAGAUCGGCCUCUUCCUAACAGCGCUGACACCACAGAGGCAGAGCGGCUCUUUGACUCACGUUAAUGACGUCACGUCUCACACUCAUGACAUCAUGAAGAGGCGCGGCUGAUGCACAGCUGUGGGGAGAAGACGGCCGCUCGUCUUUGUCGUGUCGGCGAUGUAACGGCAGCAUUUUAUUAUAAGCAGUACGACUGGAACAUAGAGUAAUUAAACUUUAUUAAAUUUGUAUGUCCUUUAUAUGAAGUUUUAACCAGAUAUUGAAUGUUUACCAUUUAUUAACCCUCCUGACGUCUGUUUUGACUGUUCCUUCUUUCUCCUUCCUUCUUUCCUUCCCCCAUCCCUCCCUUCCUCCUUUCUUUCCUCCAUCCCCCGUUCUUCCUUCCUUCCUCCCUCCCUCCUUCUUUCAUUCCCUCCUUCCUUCCUCCCUCCUUCUUUCCUUCCUUCUUUCCUUCCUUCCUCCCUUCCUUCUUUCCUCCCUCCUUCUCUCUUUCUUUCCUCCCCCCUACCUUCCGCCCUUCCUUCUUCCCUCUGUCCAUCUUUCCUUCCUUCCUCCCUUCCUCUUGCCCUUUCUCCGCCCCUCCUUCCUUCUUUCCUCCCUUCCUUCCCUCCUCCCUCCCUCCUUCCCUUCCUUCCUCCUUUCCUUCCUUCCAUCCUCCCUUCCUUCCUCCACUUGAGGACAAUAGGAGGGUUAAGGUUUGUUUUAAAGGUGCAGGAAGCAGCUGUUUGUGUCGCUGCCCCCUGGUGGCGGCGAGAAGUAACAUGUUUAAUUUGUUUACAGUAUGAUGUCAACACUGCCGACUUCAUGGAGAUAAUUCAGGGUAGAAAUCUUUGCUGCUGCUUCCUCUAUUUUUUAUUUCUCUUUUUUAAAGCAGAUUAAUUUGUAGUUAAAACUUUACUGUAGUUAAGGGUUUUACAGUAAGGAACAUUUAUUGCUUCUGAGCUGUAUGUUUGAUGUUUUCAAAUUAAAUAAGAAGGAUUUUUGAUUGUAGGUUUAUAUCGAUUGAAGCUUUAACCUUCGUGUCAUCCUCCCGGGUCAAAUUGACCCCGUCUGUUUUGACUGUUCCUUCUUUCCUUCCUUCCUUCCGUCCUUCCUUCCUCCCUCCUUUCCUUCCCUCUUCCUCCCUUCCUUCCUUCCUCCCUCCUUUCCUUCCUUCUUCCUCCCUUCCUACCUUGACUCGAGGACAACAGGAGGAUUAAAGUAGAUUCAUUUGUAGCAAAAACUUUACUGUAGUUAAGGAUUUUACAGUAAGGAACAUUUAUUGCUUCUGAGCUGUAUGUUUGAUGUUUUUUAAAUGAAAUAAGAAGGAUUUUUAAUUGUAGGUUUAUAUCGAUUGAACCUUUUAAAGCCUUUUGGAUCAAAGAAUGUGACGUAACAAAAAAUGUGACUGAACAUCUGAUCAGAUUGUUCCUGAUUUAAAUCUUAAUUUAGCCUUUUUUUUUUUUUUAAUUGUUCUUGUGUGUUUGUGUGUAUUUAGAAAACAUCUAAAUACAUCUAUGUCAGAAUUUAGGAUCUUUUGCUAAAUGAAAACUUGCAUAUUUCUCAAAGUAAGAUAUCACAAAUAGUAUCAUUUUAUUAUCAGCACCAAGAUAAAAAGAACACUGUUAUAAAUCAUUGUUUUUGACUGUUAACCACAUUAAUCUUUAAUAAAAACAUUUACAUUCACUCUUUUCAUUGACUCAUUUAAAGGGGAGUUAAAGCGACUCAAACUGUCAGUCACACUCAGACUGUGUUGAAAACAAUUUCAUCUGAAAAGGGAAGUUUCUUAAUUCCUGUUGAACCCAAAUACACUGAUUUAUAUCUGCCAGAGGUCCGCUGUGUGCUGAGUCUGACUUUCAUUUCCCCUUUUUUUUGGAGACUUAUAUAGAACAAAUAUUUUGAAUUGUGUCGU